GAUAUAGUUCUCCAUCUUUUUUUUGUUUUGGUAAAUAAUUCAAAUAGUUAUGGAAAAGCAUUACGUCCAAUAGGAUUUGAACCUAUACCAAAGGUUUAGAAGACCUUUAUCCUAUCCAUUAGACAAUGGACGCCUUUGGGUUCCAAAUUUUUUGACUACAUUCAAAACAACGCGCUUUCUAGAUGAUCUCGCUAGAUCAGGGAAUUUUUUUUAAUAAAAUCUUUCUAGUUACUUCAUUUUCUAUUUCUAGUUGAGAGAAUCUUUAAGAAAAGCAUUUUAUUUCUACCGAGUAGAACAAGCAUCCAAUAUCUAUAGUUCUCCAUCUUCACUUCACAUGCUAAAAUCUUUUCCCAUUCGCAAGAGGAAGAAAUAGUGACUAGUUAAUAUGAUAUAGACGCAAUUUGCGUCACUCUUUCUAAAAAAAGAAAUAGUGACUAACAUGUCACGUAAAUCUAGUGAUCAAUUUUGUAUUUACCCCAUCUUGGGCAUUCCGCAUUUGUUUGACGUUGAAUUUGAAAAGGCGGAGACGGGAAUAGGAACAGAACGGCAAUAAACAAAACGAAACCCUAAACCCAAAAUCGAAUCCCCGCUAGGUCUCAUGCGUUCAUCCCUCUCUUUCACCGGAAGGAAGCUUCGUGGGCUGCUCAGGCUCUCCGCUACCCCGUAGGGAUUCGACUUGGUUUAGAUUGUCGAUUGUCGUCAACAGUGGACGACAUUCUACGAUCAUUCCGUUGCUUCAUCCAUUUCAAUUGAUCAGAUUGAAGCCUGCUUUUUUUUUCUCCUUGGUUGCUCCGUUACCUUCCUCGUUCACGCCGCUGCCGUCUCCCGCUCUCCUUGCUCUUAGCUCCUCUCUCUCUCUCUCUCUCUCUCUCUCUCUCUCUCUCUCUCAGCUGAGUCCCUCGCUUUCUAUCUGUAUCCAAAGUCGUUGACUAGCCAGCUGUGGCGCCGCAGCUGCCUGCGCGGCGCAUUUCCUCUGCUCCACUCAAAAGGAAACUCCCUCUCCUAACUCCACCCCACCGCCGUUAUCGUGGUUCUGAGGUCACUACUCAUCCACUCUCGUUCCUGCGGUUAUUUUUACUACUCUGCUUUUAUUUCCUGUCACCUUGCUCAGUGGUUCUUUUUUUUUUUUUUUUUGUAAUUUCAUCGGGCGUUGUUCUAUCCGAGCAUUUCUUGCUCUGUGUAUCUUAGGAUGUGCCUCAAUUUCUGUGGUUUAACUCCUCCACCUUUCAAUUUUCCAGCUCUCUCCUUAGCCUCCAGUCUUCCCGUUGAAGAGCAGCUCCUGAGUUUGUUAACAUCAUCUGGAGCUUAAGGUGGGGUUUUGGGCCUUUUUUCAGCUCCUUUGUUCAUUGGCAGUAUGUCAGUACUCAGUAGUAUUGAUUUGGUUUGCUGGUCUUGGUACCCAGAAACACUUGUGAAAAGCUUGCAUGUAGUGAGGAUGUUGAUAUUUGUGGUAACUAUCAAUCGUAGCAUUAGAAUUCUUACAUGGCAAAUUUGCAUCCUUUCUUGGAUUCUGAAGGUGGUUCAAAUUUGUCUUAUGAUGAACUGAUCUUUGUUUCAAGAAGAAAAUAAAGUGAAAGUGUUGUACUUGCUUGGUUAGGAAAUGGAGCCGGCUGUUUUGGAUGAUAUUAUUCGGCGGCUUUUGGAGGUUCGCAGUAGACCUGGGAAGCAGGUCCAAUUAUCUGAGGCCGAAAUAAGGCAACUCUGUGGGGCAUCUCGAGAGAUCUUCUUGCAACAACCCAAUUUGUUAGAGCUUGAAGCACCCAUCAAGAUUUGUGGUACAUUUACUGCUACCUGAUGUUCUCAUAUGCAAUUGAAUGAACUUGCGUUGUUUGUUGGUUUUUCAUCUAUUGUUGUCCUCAUUACAUGUGGUUCAUCUCAACCUUUAAGUCGACGUGUGAAGCUUUUCUUUUAUGGUACCUUAUAACAUUUGUUGGUUUAGCUGUAGGUUCCCUGAAUCAUGGAUUAGAUGCUAGGUGUGGCUCCCUGCUCUUUUGUGUGCCUAUAAUAACUAAUUAGUUUGCCCCCGUAAGGCUUGACUCUUAAUUUGAAAUAUUAGGAUUUGAACACCGGGGGCUUGUGGUAUAAUAUCCGAGAAGAGUGAAUCUUUCAAUUAAUUCAGUGCUUCAUCAUUCCUUGCUGGUGAUUCUUGUCAUUGCAUAAUAACUUGCAUGAAGCUCACUGUGGGCUAUUAGAUUUUUCUGGAGAAUCUUCAAAGGCUCCUUUCAAUGAUUUUAAUUCUCCUUUCAUGAAGGCCUGUUAACUUUUAUCUAACCUGAAUUACCAUACUCGACCCUAUAUCAUCCUGAAGAAGAAGGCGGAAAUUGAGAGUGGGAGGCUGGGGGCUUUAUCUAUUACGUGUUUGAGCUGGUUUCUUCCUUUAUUAUUCUAUCACUUACGGAAUCACACAGCUUUCCUGAAAGUCUAUUCAACAUACGUGGCUGAUGGGCAUUAUUGGUGAUCUGCAGGUGAUAUCCAUGGUCAAUAUUCUGAUCUUCUUAGGCUAUUUGAAUAUGGCGGAUUGCCUCCAAAUGCUAACUACUUAUUUUUGGGAGAUUAUGUUGAUCGAGGCAAGCAAAGUCUUGAGACAAUAUGUCUUCUACUUGCAUACAAAAUAAAGUACCCAGAGAACUUCUUUCUCUUGAGGGGAAACCAUGAGUCUGCUUCUAUUAACCGUAUAUAUGGUUUCUUCGACGAGUGUAAAAGAAGGUUUAAUGUCAGACUGUGGAAGACAUUCACGGAUUGCUUUAAUUGUCUCCCAGUGGCUGCUCUAGUUGAUGAGAAAAUUCUCUGCAUGCAUGGUGGUCUUUCCCCAGAUUUGCAUAAUUUGGAUCAGAUCAGAAACUUGGCUCGCCCAACUGAUGUACCAGACACAGGUUUGCUCUGUGAUCUGCUGUGGUCUGAUCCUAGUAAAGACGUUAAAGGCUGGGGAAUGAACGACCGGGGGGUUUCGUUUACUUUUGGUCCUGAUAAGGUGGCAGAAUUCCUUCAGAAGCAUGAUUUGGAUCUGAUCUGUCGUGCUCACCAGGUUACACCCAUAAUUUUUUUUAUCGUAAUAUUUCAUAUUGCUAUCAUGUGUUCCUCAUUAACCCUUUAAGACGGUUCACAACACAAUCAUGAGCUUUUCCCUUUCCUUUAAGAUGUGCUCCUCAAUCAUUGUUGUGGCUGCUUCUGAUUCUUGAUUGUAUUGUAUGGUCUUAUUUUCCAUUUGCUUCUAUUUAUUUCCUUGACGGGUAUACUCCUGUCUCUCAUCUUCUCAUGGAGGAAUUGAUUCUUGAUAUCAAUUCCUUUGAUCCUUUGCAUAUAAAGUCCUCUGCUCAAAAAAAAAAAAAAAGUCCUCUGUCCUCUGAUGUCUACUUUUGCCCUUUAAGACGGUUCACAACACAAUCAUGAGCUUUUCCCUUUCCUUUAAGAUGUGCUCCUCAAUCAUUGUUGUGGCUGCUUCUGAUUCUUGAUUGUAUUGUGUGGUCUUAUUAUCCAUUUGCUUUUCUUUAUUUCCUUAACGGGUAUACUCCUGUCUCUCAUCUUCUCAUGGAGGAAUUGAUUCUUUAUAUCAAUUCAAUUCCUUUGAUCCUUUGCAUAUAAAGUCCUCUGCUCAAAAAAAAAAAAAAAAAAAAGUCCUCUGUCCUCUGAUGUCUACUUUUGCUCUUAUCUGGAGUCCAUUUGUGGCUGCUUCUGAUUUGAUUGUAUUGGAUGGCUUCUGGUAGUUUUCCAUUUGCUUACAUCCAUUUGUUUUUAUUUAUUGCCUUAACUGGUAUACCUGUCUCUCAUUUUCUCAUGGAGGAAUGGAUUCUUGAUAUCAAUUCCUUUGAUCCUUUGCAUCUAAAGUCCUCUGUCUGGCAUCUCGUUUUCCUCUUAUACGGAGUCCUUAGAGCUCUGUGGAGGAUAGUUUUCAGUAUUUGGGCCUUUGGCUGACGGUUUGACUUCAGUUUUCCUUUGAUGGUUGGUGCAGGUUGUGGAGGAUGGAUACGAGUUCUUUGGCAACAGACAACUUCUAACCAUAUUUUCUGCGCCGAAUUACUGUGGGGAGUUCGAUAAUGCUGGUGCAAUGAUGAGUGUGGAUGAGACACUUAUGUGCUCAUUUCAAGUAUUAAAACCUGCUGACAAAAAGUCGAAGUUUAACUUUGGGUAAAUCACCAGGAGGCACCAGCAGGGUUUUAGGUAAAUGCUACACCUGCAGUUGCUUGAACUUAUCAUCUUUCCAUUCUAGAAGUUUCUGAAUUUAAGUCUUGAUGCUGGCAUAGAAGUUGCACUUAACCAUGUCCUUGAGAGUCCAGCUUUGUAUCCUGAGAUAUGCAACAUUUUAGGAGUCAGUAUUAGGAUUUUUUAUGAUGUUUUCGAAUGAGUUAUGUACUGUUCAGGGGAGGUUUUUGUAUGAUGUUUUCGAAUGAUGAAAUUCAAAAUGGAUAAAGAUUAUAUUUCAUAUUUCAAAUGUUACUUUUUGGAAAGAUAGAUUUAGAGAAUAGGGCCAUAUAUUAGGAUUUUUUUCCGAUGAACCAUAUGUUAGAUUUUAAAUCCAUUACGGAUUAUAAUAAGUCAAGUCAUUGAUCUUGACAUCUAUACUGCUCCAUUCUUCUGUGAUUUUAACAGAGAAAUUCUUUACUCCACUAGAUUUCAGUGAAAAUUCUUUGUAGAAAAUCCAGCACCUCAAUGAAUGAGUUUUGGUCAAACUGCAUUGUCCAAAAUCCAGCAUCGUGAUAUUACUUAUUUACAUGAGGCCGUCUUUGUUUUUAUGUUUUUUAAAUUAUUACUUGCUCUUUGAAGCUGCCUUUGUUAAUCAAAAGCAUUCACUUUAAAAGUGCAUCGCCUCCUGAUUAUCCUUGCUAUCAUUGCAGUUCUUCCUCGGUACCAAAGUACGACGAUAAGCCCUCAGAUUUACUGUGGGUGGUGGGCUUUAGGUGAGUGUUUAAGAAUGCCCAAGAUGCAAUCAAAUGUGAAGAUUAAGGUGCUUUUAGUUCAUUGUUGGAUGAGAAAAGGUGGACUAGAAGAGCGGCCAUAAAACAUCCAUAUGCUUUGAGAAAAAGGCAUAGUUUGGAGGUAGAAAGGCUGUGAACUAGUAAUAGCAAGUUGGGCGUUUUGAUAAUGUGGAAACCACUCUAAUGGCUGGAAACCGGUGAACUGACGUCGGAGUUACUUGAUUGCUUCCCCCUUAAAUUUCUUCUUGUUUUAACUCCCAAGACCGGACUGUUGGUCGUAUCUUACUUCUAAUCCGAUGUGUUUGCCUGCUUCAUAUACUCCAUUCGAAACUGAACUACGAAAGGUAAAUGUUUUCCCUUUGCUGUUGUGAAGCCAGACCUGGUCCCCUGAAGGUAAAUAACAUGUUUGUGCAGAGUACCAAGGUAGGGUUAUGCUCGUGAAGUAGGUUGAUCUAUAUGUGACAGAAUGAGGUUUUGGCAAGUGGAGCUAGUACUUUAGCAGAGUCAAUCGAGCGUCCGAAGGGCCAAAAGGUCCAUGAAAAAUGGAUCGUCAGUUGCCAUUAUACUUGUGAUGAGUAGUGCCAUAGACGGGAGUCUAGAGCUGGAUCGAAAAAGAGAGUGACGACAUGGUUGAGCAUGGAAGCUCGCAGAGAAUGCAAAGGAGGCACUUCAUCUCAGCGGUAGCAUGUACAAUGGCGAGAUAGUGGGAUUCGCUUUUGGUACAACUUAGGUUUCUCAUCUUUGGUCUAAUUCAAUUUCAGU